AUGCCCAUCACGUGGCCCAUCCAAGUUGUCUUAGAGAUCCCAAAAUGGUGCCAAAUUAAUCGCUAUAAUUUGCAAAAUGUGCUCUUGAAUCCAAAGCUCAGGUUCAAAACUGCUAUACUUUCUAUGAUUCAUAAUUUGGAUUGGUUAGCGGAUGAAACACUAAGUGAAACUCCUAUUGAUUUUAUGGAAAUCAUAACCGAAAGAGCACUGGAUUCGUCACCCGUGCUAACGAUAUUUCACAAAUUGACAAUGGUCAGGCCCCGAGAGCUGAGAACCAAGUUCGAAAUUGAAUCAAUCAUACGAGUUCUCGGUGCUGGUUUCAAGUUUUUUAAACUAUGUCCACUUGAAAGAAACAUUGCCGUAAUGACGACGGCAACGUACAAAUGUUUUGGACCGGACAGAAUCAUCUUGAAACAAGAUCGCCAACCUUGGAACAUGUAUUACAUAGUAAAGGGAGUAGUGUCCUUGUGCAAGGAUGUUUAUGAUCCGAUUUUAAAGAAAACCGAAUCUGUUGAACAAUGCAAGUUGACCGACGGCGAGACGUUUGGAGAAAGCGCAGUGAUGUUUAACAGACCAAUGAAGACCUCCGUUAAAUCCUUAACUACGGUGGAAUUGAUAUGCAUAUCUCGGGAAGAUUUCGUGGAGACUCUCAAGGACAACAUGCUGCUGGUAUGGGAGAAGAACGCCGAAGCCAUUAAAAACUCAUGGUUCUUUAACUACUUGAAUUUGGACCAGUUGAACAAGGCCAGCACUGUUUCGUUCAUCAAAACGUACCAACCGGACGAACACGUCGUCGGAGACGAGAUUGGUAACGUUGAUUACGGUCACUUCAUGAUGGGCGGCAAGGUUAAUAUGAUAAAGCGGCUGAAAAUGAUCGAAUCACCAAUCCGAUUAACGGGACAGUUCACGUACAGACUAUACAACGGCAAGAGGAAACUGGAAAGUCGUCAAAAAAUUAUUGAAGAAUUUUUGCAAAUCUGCACAUUCUCGGGCAGGUCGUGUUUCAACAUAGGCGAGAGCAUAAAAAAUAAGGAUUUCAUGGUGGACAAAUAUUCUGUGGCGACAUGUCUUUGUGUGCCAAAACGGUUUAUGUACGAAACCGAAAGAUUAAAAUGCUGGAAGAGAACUCAGAUUGAACUAGAGAACAUUAUUCCCACGACGAUUCAGGUGUUUCAGUCGUACAUGGCUAGCAAGAUCAUUCAAACAAAAAAGUGUCUUACCAGUGAAGAAGUAUCUGAGUUGCUAAGAUCUUUUAAUGAUUGA